AAUAAGGAAAACCUCAAUUUUAGGCAAACUCUGCGCGUUUCACUCUCAUUCUUUCUCUCUCUAAUCCUCUUUUUCUUCUACUUCUCCCUCUGCACUUUAUCGCUCUCUCAAUCUCUCAUGAUAUAGUAUAUGAUCGUUGACCAGAAUUUCUUCGUUGAUUCGAUCUUUGGACUUUUGAAAAGAAGAAAUUUCUGAGUCUUAUCCAAAUAUGGAUACAAAAACAAACGAAGAAGAGCCUAAAACUGAAAGAUCAUGUAAUGUGGAUGCGGUUUCCAAAUUGAAGAACCCCGAGUCCAAUAGCAGCAAGAACAUGAUUUUUCGGGCUGAUAAAGUCGACCUCAAAAGCUUAGAUGUGCAGCUUGAGAAGCAUCUGAGCCAGGUUUGGUCAAGAAACAUUGAUAGCCACAGCAGCCAGACGACGCCUAAGGAGUUGUGGGAGAUCGAUCCCACAAAGCUGGAGAUCCGGUAUCUGGUGGCUCAGGGAACGUAUGGAACUGUUUAUCGCGGAACUUACAAUUCUCGUGAUGUUGCUGUGAAGUUGUUGGACUGGGGAGAGGACGGCAUGGCCACAGCUGCUGAAACUGCUGCAAUUAGGGCGUCGUUUAAGCAGGAGGUUUCUGUUUGGCACGAGCUUGACCAUCCGAACGUUACUAGAUUUGUUGGUGCUUCAAUGGGAACUUCACAGCUGAAGAUUCCUUCGAAAAACCCUUCUGAUGGCUAUACCACACUUCCAUCGAGGGCGUGUUGUGUUCUUGUGGACUUUGUAUCCGGAGGGACGUUGAAGAGCUACUUAUACAAGAAUAGGAAUAAGAAACUUGCCUUCAAAGUUGUUGUCCAACUUGCUUUGGAUCUAGCUCGAGGGCUGAGCUAUCUGCACUCGAAGAAGAUUGUGCACCGUGAUGUCAAAGCUGAAAACAUGUUGUUGGAUACUGAACGAACGUUGAAAAUUGCUGAUUUUGGUGUCGCCCGUGUAGAAGCGCAGAACCCCCAGGAUAUGACCGGUGAGACGGGAACUCUUGGCUAUAUGGCGCCAGAGGUUCUGGAUGGAAAACCCUACAACAGAAAAUGCGACGUUUACAGUUUUGGCGUAUGCUUGUGGGAAACAUAUUGCUGUGAUCUUCCUUACAUGAACUACAGCUUUGCUGAUGUUUUACAUUCUGUCGUUCGACAAAACCUAAGGCCGGAUAUCCCCCGGUGUUGUCCAAGCUCUCUAGCAAACAUCAUGAAGAAGUGCUGGGAUGCGAAUCCAGAGAAACGGCCCGAGAUGGACGAGGUGGUGAGGUUGUUGGAAGCAAUCGACACGAGCAAAGGAGGCGGGAUGAUACCCGAAGAUCAGUCAUCAAGUUGCUUCUGCUUCGCGCCUUCUCGUGGCCCAUGAGCGCUUGUUCUGCUAUGCUGGUGAAGAAGAAUUCGAUUUCAUAUUUUUUUUUUUGGGAAAUAAUUGCCAUUUGUUAUCAUUCCUUCGGCAGUUUAUACUGCAGAUGUUGAAACAUUUUUUCAAUCAAUUAUCUGAUGGAAGGAAUACUAUUUGGUUUU